AUGGGCAGCCAGAACGGCACCGACGAGGUCUACUUCGUUCUCCUCGGGCUCUCCCGGUACCCGCGGGCCCAGGCCAUCUUCUGCUGCCUGCUCUUCCUGUCCUACAUCGUCACCCUUCUGGGGAACAGCCUCAUCCUGCUCCUGAUCUGCUACGCCCCCCGGCUUCACACACCCAUGUACUUCUUCCUCAGCAACCUGUCCUUCCUGGACAUGUGCUACACCACGUCCAGCGUGCCCCAGAUCCUCCUCAAUUGUCUGGCGGCCACCCCUGUCAUCUCGCGGGGACAGUGCGUGGCCCAGAUGGCCACGGGACUGUAUCUGGGUGUUGUGGAGUGUCUCCUGCUGGCCGCCAUGGCCUAUGACCGCUGUGUGGCCAUUGUUGACCCGCUGCGCUAUGCCACGCGCAUGGGGCCCCGGCUCUGCGGCCUGCUGGCUGGGACCUCAUGGGCUACGGCGUUCCUGUUGACCGUGGUCCCCGUGCUGACCAUGCCCUUGGAGUUCUGUGGUCGCCAGGACAUCAAUCACUUCUCGUGUGAGCUUCUGGCUCUGCUCAAGCUGGCCUGCUCUGACCUGCACGUCUAUAAAUCUCUCAUGGUGGGCACCAGUGCCCUGACCCUGCUGGCUCCUUUUGCCUUCAUUGUGGCCUCCUAUGGAAGGAUCCUGGUGGCCGUGCUGCGGAUGCGGUCCACUGAGGGACACAGCAAGGCCUUUUCCACGUGUGGGUCUCACCUCACGGUGGUGGCCCUCUUCUACGGCACGGCCAUCUCCAUGUAUAUGAUGCCUCAGGACAAGAUCAUCCAUGACCGAGAUAAGAUCAUCUCCAUGUCCUAUGGCAUCCUCACCCCCAUGAUGAACCCUCUCAUCUACAGCCUGCGGAACAAGGACAUGAAAGGGGCCUUCUGGAGGCUCCUGGGGAGGAAGGCUGGCUUCUAA